AUGGGCGCCCCCGGCCCGGCCACGCGGCUCCUGCCCCCCCUCGUUCUGGCGCUCGCAGGGGUCGCCCGGGGCACCUUCACGGUGGUGGCCUGGCCGCGGGUGGCCGUGGUGGCCUUCGGGGGCUCGGUGACCGUCAACUGCAGCCGCAGCGCCUGCCCGGGGGGCGACAACGCCACGCUGGGGCUGGAGACCCCCCUGCCCGCGACCCCCGGCGCCGGGGGGCUCCGCUGGCAAAGCUUCCGGCUCCACAACGUGUCCCGGUGGAGCCCCGGGCCCGUCACCUGCACCGGCCGCUGCGGCGACACCGAGGCCAACGCCAGCACCGGCGUCCUCGUCUACCAGCUGCCGGGGGGGGGGGAGCUGGAGCCGGUGCCCCCGGUGGCGGUGGGGGACAGCCGGAACGUGACGUGCCGCGUGCGGGAGGUGGCUCCGCUGCGGAACCUGACGGUGACGCUCCGCCGCGGCACCGAGACGCUGCGCACCGAGAGCUUCGGCGACGCCGAGGGCAGCGCCAGCGUGGCCGUGAGCCACCCGCUGACCGUCACCCGCGGGGACCACGGCCAGCACGUCACCUGCCACGCCGAGCUCUCCCUGCGGCCGCACGGGCCCCUCUUCGCCCGCGCCGCCGUCCCGGUCACGCUCUCGGUGUUCGCUCUCCCGGAGCCGCCGCAGCUCCGGGUCCCCGCCGUCCUCGAGGCCGGCACCGUGACCGCCGCCAGCUGCCGCAUCACCGGCGCCUUCCCGGCCGGCGACGUCCGUGUCACGGCCGCGCUGGACCGGGAGCCGCUGAACGUCACGGCGGCGGUGGCCGGCGACACGGUGACGGCCAGCACCGAGCUGUCCCCGCGCAGCCCGGGCCCGCGGGAGCUCAGCUGCACGGCCGCGGUGGCCACGGCGGCACGGACGGCGCGGAGGCAGCUCCACGUUUACCGAUUCCCGGUGCCCACCCUGCAGCUGAGCCCGGCCCCGGUGGCGGCGGGCGGCGAGGUGACGGUGACGUGCCGCUCCGGUGCCACCGAGCCGCCGGCGGCGCGGCUGCAGCUCCGCGAUGCGAACGGCGGCGUCCUGGCCGAGGGGCCGCCGCCGCGGCUGCAGCUCCGGUUACCGGCUCGGCGCGACGACGACGGACGGGAAUUCCGGUGCCGGGCCAGCCUGGCGGUCGGUGACACCGUGCUGACAAAGGACGCGGACGCGCGGCUGGCGGUGCUCUAUCUCCCCGAAAUCCCGGCCAGCGGCUGCCCCGCCCGCCGCACGUGGCUGCGGGGCACGCUGGCGGCGCUGUCCUGCCGCGCCACCGGCAACCCCGCGCCCACCGUGACCUGCGGCCGCCGCGGGGUCCCGGUGGCCACCACCGAGCCCGAGCCGGUGACCCGGUCCCGAGCGGGCACCUACGUGUGCAACGCCACCAACGCGCUGGGCACGCGCAGCCGCCGCGUCACCGUGCGCGUGGAGUACGAGCCCACGCUGUCCGAGGCGGGGUGCCCGGCGCGCCGCGUCUGGGUGGAGGGGCAGCGGCGGGAGCUGGAGUGCCGCGCCGACGGGGACCCCGCGCCCAGCACGAGCUGCGCCCGGCACGGUGACACCCAGCACGGUGACACCCGUGGGAGUGGCACCCGUGGGAGUGGCACCCAGCACGGGGACACCCGUGGGAGUGGCACCCAGCACGGUGACACCCAGCACGGUGGCACCCGUGGGAGUGGCACCCAGCAUGGUGGCACCCAGCACGGUGACACCCGUGAUGGUGGAGCCCGCAAUAAUGGCACCCAGCACGGUGCCACCCAGCAUGGUGGCACCCACAACGGUGGCAUCCGUGAGAGUGGCACCCGUGGGAGUGGCACCCACAAUGGUGGCACCCACCACGGUGACACCCACGAUGGUGACACCCAGCACGGUGACACCCAUGAUGGUGGCACCCAAAAGGGUGGCACCCGCGAUGGUGGCACCCACAACGGCGAGGUCACCCUCCACGGUGACACCCUUGAUGGUGGCACCCACGAUGGUGACACCCUCCAUGGUGGCACCCACGAUGGUGACAACCACUAUGGUGGCACCCAUGAAGUUGGCACCAGUGACAGUGACACCCACCAUGGUGAGGUCACCCACGACGGUGGCACCCACGACGGUGGCACCCACGACGGUGGCACCCACGACGGUGGCACCCGCGGCCGCGUGGUCACCCGGGCCGACGGUGGCCGCUACGUGUGCAGGGCCACCAACCGGCACGGGGUGGCCGUGAGGAGCGUCCUGGUCACCGUGGAGUACCGGCCGAGCCUCGGCGAGCGCGGCUGCCCCGAGCGGCGCCGGUGGCUGGAGGGGACCCCGGCCGAGCUGGGCUGCGCCGCCACCGGGAACCCCCCGCCCCGCGUCACCUGCGCCAAGCUGGGCGAGCCCGGCAACGCCACCGGGCCCGGCGACCCCCGGGACCCCCCCCGGGCCACCGCCAACGUCACCCGCGCCCACGCGGGCACCUACCGGUGCCGGGCCACCAACGCGCACGGCUCCGCCGUCCGCAACGUCACCGUGGCCGUGGAGUACGGCCCCGCCGGUGUCACGGUGCGCGUGCUGCCCUCGGCCAACGUCAGCCGCGGCGGCGGCUUCACCGUGGAGUGCGGCGCCGAGGGGCUCCCGGUGCCCACGUACAGCUGGGCGCUGCCCCCCGCGCCCAACCUGCGCCUGGCCGCCGACAACCGCUCGGUCACCGUCACCGGAGCCACGGCGGCCAACCGGGGCGUCUACACCUGCACGGCGAGCAACCGGCACGGCCGGCGGGCCGGGAGCGUCGUGGUGCGGGUGGACGGGAGCCGUCUGGCGGCGCUGGCGGCGUUGGGGUCCCUGGGCGCGGUGGCGGCGCUGGCGCUGGCGGCGGCCGGCGGCGUCUACGUGAAGAGCGCGGCCGGUAGGACGGGCGAGUACAACGUGCGCGACGCCGAGGGCUUCGGGACCAGCACCGGCACCGCCACUGCCACCGGCACCGGCACCGAGGGCUUCGGGAUCUGCCUGGCGCAGCCGUGACCGGCACCGGCACUGGCACCGGGACCGGCACCGGCACCGGUACCGAGGGCUUCGGGAUCCGCCUGGCGCAGCCGUGA